AUGGCGGCGAUGGCGCUAGGCGUCGUGACGGCCGGUGACGUGAAGGUGUUGACGCCCGACAACUUCGACGAGGUCGUGGACGGCUCCAAGCACGUGCUCAUCAAAUUCUACGCGCCGUGGUGCGGCCACUGCAAGAGUAUGGCUCCUACCUACGAGACGGUGGCCACGGCCUUCAAGAAGGCGGACAAUGUGGUGGUGGCCGAAGUAGAUGCCGACAACUACAAGGAUCUGGGAUCCAAGUACGGCGUUACGGGCUUUCCCACGCUCAAGUACUUCCCCGAGGGCUCCACGGAACCCGAGGACUACAAGGGCGGCCGCAGCGAGGACGAUUUCGUCAACUUUUUGAACGAAAAGGCCGGCACGCACGUGCGUGUGGCCAAGGCUCCGAGCCACGUGGCUGCGCUGACCGAGGCGGACUUCGACGCCGAGGUUAUCCACUCCAAGAAGCACGCUAUCGUCGAGUUCUACGCCCCGUGGUGCGGCCACUGCAAGCAGCUGGCCCCGACCUACGAGGAGGUCGGUGCUAUCUUCGAGGGAGAGGACGAUGUGCUCAUUGCCAAGGUGGACGCUACUGCCAACUCGGAGCUGGCCAGUCGCUACAACGUCAAGGGUUACCCGACGCUCUUCUACUUCCCUCCUGGCUCGGAUGAGCCUGAGGACUACUCGAACGGCCGUGACAAGGCUUCGUUCGUUGAGUUCAUUAACGAGCACGCUGGCACGCACCGCACGGUGGACGGUGGACUCACGGCUGAGGCUGGACGCGUUGAGGAGAUUGACGUGAUCAUCUCGGAGAGCGGCGACAUCACGACUGACGUGCAGAAGAAGGUGCAGACUGUUGUCGACGGCCUCGAGGGUAGCGACGCCAAGUACGGCUCGCUCUACGUUAAGGCCAUCAAGAAGGUCGUCGCCAAGGGCCCGACGUACGUGGACGCGGAGAUCAAGCGUCUUGAGGGUCUACUGGAGAACGACAACGUGUCGCCCCAGAAGAAGACGCUCUUCGGACUCCGCAAGAACAUCCUUCAGUUUUUCCAGGAGAAGCAGAACGAGAAGACCGAGCUGUAA